GUCAUAUUGUUGUGAAAUUUUUGCGCCGGAAUUUGGCUGAAGUUCAAAAUAUCUUAUUUUAUUGUAAAUAAACUUUCUUAAUGGCUUCUAAUAAGGAAUGCCUUAUUAUCGUGCUCGAUGUGCGCACUUGUGCCGCCGAAGCAAUCAAAUUGAAAUCUGCAAAAUGUGUUACCGAGAUUUUAAAGGACAAAAUCGUUUGCGAUAAAAAGGACUACGUGUCCUUUGUCCUGGUGGGAUGUGAUGACAAGAAAGGGGAAGUCCGUCCGUUUGUGGUACCUUUCAAUGAUCCACAACUUUGCAAUUGGAACCUCUUACUUGAAUUCUUCAAAUUCGUCAACAAAACAGCCUCUGAGGAAGGACAAUGGUUGGAUGGCCUUCAAGUGGCAAUGCAAAUGCAGGAAACCGCUUUGGCUUUAAAGCCCGCCAGACGAAGAAUUCUCCUGCUCUUCGAUUUUAAUGAUUUCCCACAGGACUAUACGGAAUUCAACGAUAUCACGGACGCACUGCUUAAAGAGGAAAUCGAGCUGAUUGUGGGAACCGACAACAUAUCAUACAUCGACAACGCCGAAACCAAUCUGCCACAGGCCAUUUUUAACUUCUCUCGGAAGUGCGGUCCCAAUGAGCUGGAGAACCAAAAGCACGUUUUAAGCCUCAUUCCGCGAUGCAAUGCCACGUUGUGCAACUUCAAAGAGGCUCUAAAAACCGCUUUUAAGGUGACAAACCGGCGACCAUGGGUUUGGAACGCCAAGCUGCACAUUGGCAGCAAGAUUUUCAUCAGCCUGCAGGGAAUGAUCGCCAUGAAGAACCAGACACCCGUGAAGCUGGUAAAAACUUGGUCCGAAAACGAUGAGACGGUGACCCGCGAAACAAAGCAUUUCAUCAAGGGAAUGGAGGUGACUCCGCUGCCGGAGGAUUUAAUGACAGGUUACAUGCUUGGCGGCACUCCGGUGCCCUAUGAUGAUACCCUGCUGGAGCCAAAGGAACCACAUCCAGCAGGACUUCAUUUCUACGGGUUCAUCAAGCGAAACGCUGUGCCGGAUGAGUACUAUUGCGGCGAUUCCUUGUACUUGCUGGUUCACCAGAAGGGCAACAAAGCGGCCGCCAAUAAAUUGGAUGCUCUAGUGCGAGCUCUCAUCAGCUCGGAUCGCGCCAUUCUCUGCUGGAAAGUCUACAGCGCCAAGUUUAAUAGGCCGCAAAUGGUGGUGCUGCUGCCUCGCCUGGCGAACGAUUCCCAUCCGGCCACUUUGUACAUGUUGGAGGUGUCCUACACGUCGCAGCAUCAUUUCUGGGACUUUCCCGCCCUGCGAACCCCCAAGACGGAGUGCAGCGAGGACCAACUGCAGGCCAUUGACAAUCUAAUCGAUAGCACCGAUCUGGAGUGCUCCCUGAAGGACACACAGCAACCAAGGCCUUGGGCACAAAUCGAUCUGCUUCCCUUCGACGGUUUGCCAAGCAUCUUUGAGCAGAACGUGAUGGAUGUGCUGGAAUAUAAGGUCAUCCACAAAAAGGAUAAGGAUGAUCCAAUACUGAAGGAAAAGAAUUUCGCGGAUGUUUUCUGGCGAGUGCCAGAGCAACUGGAAGAGAAGUCCAAGCAGGCGGCGGCCAAUGUGAAGAAGCUCUUUCCAAUGCGCUUCAGUCGCGCCUGGCAAGAAAAGCAGUUGGCCAAGGAGCUGGCUGAGAAUGGAGUGCCCGUCAAGGAAGAGCCAGCGGAGAAGGAAAUUCCAAUGCCAUCGGAUGGAGUGGGUUUGAGCAGUCCUGCUGAAGAUUUCACCCGCGUCCUGGCAAGCGUUCGCUCUAUUUCGAAUGCCACGGAGCGGGAUACCAAAUUCCAGGCACUGGCUGCCGAAACCCGUGUGGUAAUCCUCACCUUACUGGAGCGAAAAAAACCAAAUAACGAACAACUGGCUGAGAUUAUCCAGAUGUACCGACAGAGUUCUUUGGAUUUUAACGCCUUUGUGGAGUACGAUAAGUUUGCAGAGGAGUUGAAAAAAGUCACACUGGCCAAGAAACACAAAGGAUUCUGGCAGAAUGUCAUGGUGGAUAAACAAUUGGGCCCUCUUGACCUCGGAGCACCCUUAAUCGACGAAGAUAUUGUUCUUAACGCUUUCUAUUCCAUCGAAAAUUGGCAGGAAGGUGAAUCGGAGGGUCAGCAAGUGGAGGGUAUGGAGAUCUAACUUAUACAUUAUCUUAAGAAAGUGUGUUACUUUCCACUGUGUAGUUAUAUCUAACUUUUAAGUGGAAAUAAAUUGUUAUUCAAUAUAAA